UCCCAGUGGAAACUGGAGAUGUGAGAGCUCUUCCUACCUGGAGGAGGCUUCCCAGGAGUGUGAGGGAUUUACCAAUAGCCACCUUUCACUCCCCAACCUUUGUCCUGUCUUACCAAAGGCCAUGUGCAGUGGUAAAUUGCAGACAGGGCUGCUGGUGGCUGGCUACUUUGUGUACUUGCUGGUGGGUGCAGCCUUGUUCCAGGCACUGGAGAGAACUGCUGAGUUGCAGGAGAAAAUAGCAGCUUCCCAGAUGAAGGAGGCUUUUCUGCAGAACUUCACCCACCUCAUGGUGGCAGAGAUGGAGCAGUUAAUGAAGGACUUGACAGGAGCCAUUCAGAAUGGAGUAUACCCUGUUGGAAAUGAAUCACAGACUGAAGACAGCAACUGGGAUUUAGGUAAUUCCUUCUUCUUUGCAGGCACAGUUGUGUCCACAAUAGGCAGGUCUAAUGCUUUCCACAUAACGCACCUCAAAAAGUGCAGACCUGCCAAAUUUAAGCAUAAAGUCCACACUGUUGGCUCCUGCUUCACACUCCCAUGCAGUGAAAGUCAAAUCUAUGUUUUUGCAGAGUGA